AUGCGGAUGCGCGGAGAAGGCGAGACAGUCGACACGCGACACUGCGCGCGGUACCGCCUCACCGCCUUCGCUUUGUGCCAAAACUGCUGCGGCGGCGCAGUCGGCGAUCCGCAUUCAAGGGACGGUGCCAACACGCUCGAUACUGGGGUUUUGCAUGAUCCAGUCUGCUUUUCCGCCCUUUCAGCUGUCCGUUACCACCAUACACCACCCCCAUCAUUCCCAUUGACCGAGCGACGCUGCCUGGCGCGACCAGUGGAGAUCCUGCGCGAAACCUCCGGGAGAAAUCCGCCCGGUCGACAAAUUCCCCCUUGGUCGGCCGUUGAGGCGUGUAUCGCCGGUCGCACGGAACCGUACAAGCCCCAUGAUGCCGGCAACAUUCUCGCUGGGAUUUGUCUGGAUCUAGCUCAGCCCGUUCGCCCUUCGAUCGAUAACACAGUGAAUCCGCCUGACCUGACCGGGCGCAAGCUCUCAGUUACUUCGCCUGCGCAGAUUAUCCCUGGGGUCUCCGACUAA